CCGUGAAGGAAGAGAGGAGCGGGUGUGAUCAAGAUAGAAAUCCAUGUGAUGAAUGUAACUUCUUAGAGUUACACUAAAAGGGGAGGAAAGAAAAUCGAGAUCAACUAAAGACUCAGGUGGGUUUAAACCACCCGUAAAACCUCCAGCUGAUGGCAAGAAGACAGCGUUAUGCGUGAUUUUAACAUGCCUGGAGAGUUUGUGCGUAAACGUGCGCGCUUCUCCGUGCCUCCCCAAGCUCUCUUCCCAUCCUAUCCUCACCCUCAUCUUCCUCGGAUCUGAGCAGCAGCAACAGCAGCCGCGGCGGUCCAUCCUUCAGACCAGCUGAAAAUGGCUCCAAUCCAGAGGAGCUCCACUCUGCGACUGACGGGGUUAUUGUGCCUUUUAUUUCUCGUUUUCUUCUCUCGUGGCUUCGCGAGUCAUGAUGCUGUUUCAGAAAAAUCAUCCGGAACGAUACAAGAGGAUUCCCGUGGCCAAGCAAACUCCACGGCUCAUAAAAAGACUUUCCCCGUCCUCUCCUUCAACUAUGAACAUGUUAGGACGCCCUUUGAGAUCUCUCUGUGGAUCCUCCUGGCCCUGUUCAUGAAACUUGGAUUUCACAUCAUCCCCACUGUGUCUCACAUCGUGCCGGAGAGUUGUCUGCUAAUCUUUGUUGGCCUGCUGGUGGGUGGCAUCAUCAAAGCGACUGGAGAACAACCCCCCGUCCUUGACUCCAAUCUGUUCUUCCUGUACCUGCUGCCUCCUAUCAUCCUGGAUGCGGGCUACUUCCUGCCCAUGCGCCCCUUCACCGAGAACAUUGGCACCAUCCUGAUGUUUGCAGUGGUGGGGACACUGUGGAACGUCUUUUUCAUCGGUGGGAUGAUGUACGCUGUCUGUCAGAUUGAUGCGGCCAAGCUGGCUCACGUGGACCUGCUGUCCUGCCUGCUGUUUGGCUCCAUCAUCUCAGCCGUGGACCCCGUGUCCGUCCUGGCCGUGUUCGAGGAGAUCCACAUUAAUGAGCUGCUGCACAUCCUCGUGUUCGGGGAGUCGCUCCUCAAUGAUGCCGUCACUGUGGUCCUGUAUCACCUGUUUAAGGAAUUUGCUCACGAGCAGGCGAUUACCGUGACCGGCGCCGUCCUCGGUGUCAUCUCUUUCUUCGUGGUUUCCCUGGGAGGUGUCAUGGUGGGCGUCAUCUACGGCAUCGUGGGAGCUUUUACGUCCCGCUUCACCUCAUACUCGCGCGUCAUCGAGCCGCUGUUCGUCUUCCUCUACAGCUACAUGGCUUACCUCUCAGCGGAGAUCUUUCACCUGUCAGGGAUCAUGUCUUUGAUUGCUUGUGGCGUGAUUAUGCGGCCAUAUGUCGAGGCCAACAUCUCCCACAAGUCUUACACCACCGUCAAAUACUUCCUGAAGAUGUGGAGCAGUGUGAGCGACACACUCAUCUUCAUUUUCCUCGGGGUUUCCACAGUGGCUGGUCCUCACACCUGGAACUGGAUCUUUGUCAUCUUCACGGUGAUCUUCUGUCUGGUCUCCAGAGUGCUGGGAGUCAUCGGGCUUACAGCCUUCAUCAAUAAAUUCCGUAUUGUGAAGCUGACCAAAAAGGACCAGUUCAUUAUUGCCUACGGUGGCCUGCGAGGUGCCAUAGCCUUCUCACUGGGGUUCCUGCUGAACAAUAAUGAAAUCAAGAACUUGUUCCUCACUGCCAUCAUCACCGUCAUCUUCUUCACUGUCUUCGUGCAGGGGAUGACGAUCAGGCCCCUGGUGGAGCUCCUAGCUGUGAAGAAAAAGAAAGAGAGCAAAGAAUCAAUUAAUGAGGAGAUCCACACACAGUUCCUGGAUCAUCUCCUCACAGGAAUUGAAGACAUCUGUGGUCAUUAUGGGCAUCAUCACUGGAAGGACAAGCUGAAUCGCUUCAAUAAGACCUAUGUGAAGAGAUGGCUGAUCGCAGGAGAACGCUCCACCGAGCCUCAGCUCAUCUCCUUCUACAAUAAGAUGGAGCUGAAACAGGCGAUGAUGAUGGUGGAGAGCGGGAGCGCCGCCAAGCUGCCCACGAUUGUGUCGACUGUCUCCAUCCGAAACGUUCAGGCCAAAGGGUCGCCCAAACCGAGCCGAGCCAUCUCAAAGAGUCGUGAGGAGGAGAUCAGAAGAGUCCUGCGAGCCAACCUGCAGAAUACCCGACAAAGGCUUCGCUCGUACAGCAGAUAUGAGCUGCUAAACGACGCGCUCGAGGACGAUAUAAGCGAGGCUCGCUUCAGGAAGCAGAAGGAGAUGGAGAGAAGGAUGAGCCACUACCUCACGGUCCCUGCAAACCGCCAGGAGACGCCCCCUGUGAGAAAAGUAUUUUUUCAACCAGAGCACAAAGUGUACACCUACGAUGACAGCGAGAGUCCCCGAGGGCGGGCUUCUCCCAGCUGUGCUGAUGAUGUCAGCGAGCUGAAGGAGACCCCUGAGAAGCCCGAUCAGAGCAGCACGCCGAGAGCCAACAGGGACGCCGAGCUGAAGCCAAAAGAGCAGGACGACCAGGGGGAUCAGCUGAAAGUAUCACGCUGCCUCAGUGACCCCGGUCCAAACCCGGAGGAUGAUGAGGACAGCACCUUCCUGCCAUGAGUGAAGCACAUUUUACAGGAAAGGCCUGAAGACAAGAGAGCUUUAGCAAAGCUUAAUAUUUAUCAUUUAAAUUGUUGUAUGUUUGUGAUGUAGGAUUAUGCAAUCUUCGUUCCAUACGUUCAUAACAUGUUUUUUUAUCAUGCGACAUGCAGAAUUGCCAAAGCGGGGGACAUUUCUUAUUUGAAGUUUUUAUACCCGCCUGAAGUUUCAGCAUUUUGAAUUUUAACAUGCGCCUCAAACCAAAGCAUUUGUUUCAAUGAGCUUGAAGCACCAGACGGGUGGAAUCUCCUGCCCUGAAAGCACAGAUAAGAAACAUAAUGAGGUAAAGCCCGGCUGAUAAACGCCGUUGGCUGCCAGUGUUUGUCUGUCUGGGGUAUUUAUCACAGACUGAAACAUCUAAACAACCUUUUGAUGGGUUGCCAUGACGUUUUGUUCAUCUAUGGUGCCCAGAGGAUGAAUCCUCACAACUUAAAGCCGUCAUGGAUUACCAUGAAGUAAUGCCAUGAAGUAAUGACAGGGGAACUAGAGCUCACAUUUUUCCUAUAUCGACUUCCCUUCAUGGGCUCCCUGUUGAAUCCAGAACUGGAUUUAAAGUAUUUCUCUUCACAUACAGUUCCCAAAAUAAGACCUCAUAGUAUCAUAUUAUCUUGUCAGAGCUCAUUGCUCUCAAACUGCAGGGUUACUUGUGGUUUCUAAAAGUAGAAUCAGAAGCUUAGAUUGGAUUAGACUCAACUUUCCUGAUAGAGCUUAUAGUUUGGGCUGGAUCAGGUGAGGCUGAACCAUCUCUUAGAUAUGCUGCUAUAGAGUCAGGCUGCUGGGGGUCUUCCCAUGAUGCACUGAGCACUUCUUUUUCACUCACCUCAUGUCACUCCACAUGUGUUUAGAAGCCAUUGUUGCAUGUCAUUUUCUCUUCCACAGUUUGUGUUUUGUCCAGUCUCACCGUGCAGAUAGCUGCUCCUCCCUGAACCUGGUUCACGUGGAGUUUCUCCUCCGGACUGCUGGUCAAUGUGAGAGCAGCACUUAUUAUAAAAACAAGCUAUAUCCAAACAUGAGACUGAAGUAAAACAUCCAAAACUAAUGUUUUCAUGACUUAGUCAGUAUUUUCAGUGUACAUUCAAACUCAGACAUAUAGACUGUUUUGAUUUCAAUCAAACAGGACGAUUAAACAUACUCCAUAAUAGUCUCUAUAAAGACCCACAUUCACCUCUCUUUAAGUCUAAAGGAAGUAUUCUGAAAAUGUUUAGCUGAGCUAUAGCUUUGAGUUUUAAUAAGCCUAAGCCAAAAGUCCAAAAAAAGAUCCCCCUCGUGAUCACUUUGCUAAAACAUAAUUGCCAGGCUACAGAGGUUGAAAACUGCACGGUCAGCCAGAUCUGUUCUGCUUUACAUGCAUCAACCUAAGCGCUAUAAUCAGGUUUAUUAUGUGGCACAGUGUGUGGCCUUAAAAGUUCCGCUUUGACAUAUCUUGGCCAAAUUUCUCUAAUUGAGAAAAACUGCUAUCAAAACAGAUUAUUUUGCUUUAAAAAAAACAAUCUGUAUUGUUCCCGAGUCACACUCACAUCAGCCUUUACAAAAUUCCGGCAUCAGAUGCAUAAAUGUUGUAUUGUAAAUAUGUUCGCGCUGCUUGAAGUUUCAUGUUGGUAACGAAAAGACCGAUCUGAUGAUCAGAGGCCAUUGACGAGCUUAAAAUUAAAAAACGAACUGCAGAUAUUUGUGGACAAGCUUAGCACUGUGUUUAUCUCCACAGCUGUCGCUGCAUGUCUGAUCAGUGUUUUCUCAGGGAAUUUGACAGACGGUGUGUUUGUAUGACUAAUACGUGCUCCACAGUUUAUAAUGUGCCUGUUUUUGUACGCUAAAGUGUUUUCAGCUCUUGUCAAACCGAACAAGGUGUUGGUGAUGUUUCCAUGUUUUGUAAACAAAGCUCUUUUUGUGUG